AUGUACCGUAGCUGGGGUGAUGACGCGAAAGCCGAACCUAGGUCCCAGUCUAUCGUAAAGAAAGCAACAAGAAUUGAAUGCCUAGGAUCCGAAGAACGCGCAAGCGUGAAGGAUUUACUGCCCGCAAAGGGUUUACAGAAGUCAGUGCCUGCUGACCGUUCGCUGUAUGAAGACUCUAAUCUCGUAUUAGACAAACAUAUGGUUUCUGUAGAUUCAGCCAUGGGCUACAGCCGCAAGGCAAAUAAGGACAAAACAGGUGUCAGUGGAAGCGAAGCAACAACGGCCUCUAAGGCGAUCUCGGCAGGAUCAACCCAAGCUAUGAGGCCCGCUAAGACGAAACUGACUUACCUGGGGGAGACUGACCCGGGGAACAGACCGAAAACGUGUAAGAUGGAAUGGGCGAAAUUAAUUGUGUACAACGUCCCAGAACUUCCUAGGGACGCCAUUAGGAAAGCAGUCGCAAGACAUACUUCCCUGAUGGAGCAAUUUAUUUCCGUAACAGCACGAAGGCAACGAGAUGGUGUCAGAAGAUUUGACGUAAUACCAUUAACCCGUGCGCGUCCAACUUUGGAAGAUUUACCAAGGUUGGAAGAAUCACUGCGAGCGAGAGUGAUAGUGGACAGACCAUUCGCCGUGCGAAAUGAAGCUAAAAGAAGGGCGGCUGCCAGAGGAAUUAUUCCUCAAAAGGCACCACAAAAGAAGACCAUCAAUGAUGGAAGCAACAUUUCGCUACUCACUCUGAAUGUCAACGGACUGAGGAGUAAACUUCCAGAAGUAUCCCUUCUAUUAACCAAGAAAUGCCCAACAAUCGUGUUCCUACAGGAGACUCUUGUAAAAGAGUCAGCCCAUAGGACAUGGUUACCGAGCUAUCAGGUAAUAGAGACGAGGGAUAUGAAGGAACGAGGAAACCGGGGAUUGGUUCUUGCAGUAAGGCGAGGCUUAGGCCUUACCCUAACGCACUAUGCGCAACAUGAGUGGUUCCUAGCGGGUUGUAUCGAAGGAAUGUCUGAGCUGCAUAAGACGCCUAUUAGAAUGUUAGCGAUCUCAGUGUAUAUACCAUGCACAGGAGAACCUAGCAAUGUUGGGGUCCGCCAAAAGAAAAAAAAAAGGAGAAGUUGA